AUGGGCGACAACCCACGGCCUUCAUUAGCUAUCAUGACAGAGCCGUCUGGAAUGAUUCCCCCCGAUGAGUCUUCGUUGACUUCCGUCACCUCAUCCAUACUUCAUGGCGUCGUGGGCGAAGGCCAGCGAGUCUACGCCGCAUAUGGGAAAGAAGAGUACGGGCUCCCUAUGGACGAUCAGGAACUUGAUCGCAUGGACUUGUGUCACACCAAAUACUACUCCCUUCUUAAGCAGAGACGCUUCCUAUCACCAAUCAGCGAAAACCCACAGAGGAUUCUGGACCUGGGAUGCGGCACAGGUAGCUUGACCCCAAGCCAAAGUGCACCAUCGGUACCGCCCAACUGUCAGUUCGAGCUUGACGACAUCGAACAGACCUGGACAUGGAAGGCAGACAGCGCCGACUUCAUCUUCUCUCGUGACCUGAUCCUGUCGAUACGGAACUUUCCCAAAUUGAUUGACCAAGCAUACAGACAUUUAAAGCCUGGCGGUUGGAUCGAGUUCCAAUGUCAUACCGGGCUACUACAGUGUGACGAUGGCACGCUGCCUGACGACAGCACAUUUCGACAUUGGGCGAAUCUCACAAAGACGGCAUGCGAAAGAUACGGCACUCCAGUAGAUGACCCGACCCGGUUCAAGGCGUGGUUUGAGCAACGAGGAUUCGAGUGCGUUACGGAGGAGGUGUACAAGAUGCCCUGCACCCCCUGGGCUAAGGAUAAGCGCCUGAAACUUAUUGGGGCCUGGGAGCAGCACAAUCUGAUGAACCACCUGGAGGGCUUGACGAUGCGUCUCUUUCAAAAGAGCCUGGGCUGGUCAGAAGAGGAGAUUCUGGUCAUCUCGGCUUUGCUACGCAAGGAACUACGCGAUCUGGGUGUCCACGCCUACUGGCCUUACUACGUUGUCUAUGGCCGUAAGCCCAUGAGGCCAUGA